CAACUCUAAAGCUCACGCUUCGCAUAAGACUAAGCCCCUAAGUGCAUUCUGUUCUUGCCGCUGAAGUCGACGAUUGGCUCCAUAACGGUCGCCAACUUUCCUGCCCCGCGCUGUCGCUCCUUCUGCGCCCCGCGCGCUGUGCUCCUCGCGGCUUGAACGCACCUCAAGCGGGCUCGGCGAAUUCUCUCUGGGCUACUCCCUGCUUGGAGUUCUAUCUCGCUGCUUUGCGAGCUCGCAUUUGGCGGACUGCCGGUGUCUCUGCCCGGCUGACAAGGACAGGCGUCGCUAACGAGUUGCGGUGCUUUGCUGUCUCGCACUAGCUCGCUAUCCAUGGCCACGAAGGCAAUCGAGCUGCCGACCGCGGCCACCUCUGAAAAGGCCUCGGGGGCCGGCGGCGCCGCGGCCGUCUUUUUCAUCCCCAAGAGCGUCAUCACCGAGCUCUACACGAGUGGCAUCAGCGUCGGGACGGCCAACACCGUCACCAACCCGCUCGAUGUGAUCAAGGUGCGGCUGCAGCUUGCUCGCAACCAGCUGGCGGCUGGAGUCAAGCCACCAGGCAUGAUCGCCACGGGCAUCAACGUGGUCCGCACCGAGGGCGUCGGGGCCCUGUGGAGCGGCCUGGGGCCGUCCCUGGCGCGAGGCUUUUUCUUUGGAGGCGCUCGCCUGGGCCUCUACACGCCCAUCAAGACGGUCAUCUGCGGCGAGAACUCAAAACCCAGCCUGGAGAUGAAGGUGCUGUCUGGUUCGCUGUCUGGCGGCUUGGCGGCGGCGGUCACCUCGCCCAUUGAGCUGAUCAAGACGCGGCUGCAGGCGGCGGGCCGCGACCCCACCGUGCCCAAGACCUCGGUGGGCGUCAUCCGAGCCGUCGUGGCGGCGGACGGCGUGGCGGGGCUGUGGAAGGGAGCCAUGCCCGGACUGAUCCGCUCGGCCAUCCUGACGGCGGCGCAGUGCGCCACGUACGACGAGGUCAAGCGCACCGUGACCGCCACCACGGGCUGGACGGACGGCGUGGAGCUGCACCUGACCAGCAGCAUGAUUGCCGGCCUGGUCACCACCACCAUCACCAACCCCAUUGACGUGAUCAAGACGCGCAUGUUUGUGGGCGGCAAGUCGUACAGCGGGCCCAUGGCCUGCGCCGCGCACGUGCUCAAGAGCGACGGCCUGAUCGGGUUUAUGAAGGGCUGGUCCGCUUCGUACGCACGCCUGGGGCCGCACACCGUCAUCAUGUUCCUCACCGCGGAGCGACUGCGCAAGUACGCCGGCCUGCAGAGCCUCUAGAACCUCCCAAGUAAGGCAGGAGGCAGGGCCUCUAGCUAGAGCAUUUGGAGCCUCUAGAACAGAGGCCCUGACUCUAGGCAGGGCAGCAGGAUGCGUGAGAGCGUGUGUGCGCAUGCGUGCUUGUGUGCAUGUGUGAGUAUUUGUGAAUAUGUGUGCGUGUCAGUGGUUGAGCGGGGCGAGCGGCGGGGGCUUGCGAGGUUUAGAAGGAAGAUGGUGGUAACCGGCGGGUGCCGGCUGCUGCUGACGCCGCCGGUGCCGAGAGACCAAACGUUUGCGGGAAUGGGUAGCAGCAGCAGCAGCAGCAGCAGCAACUUGCGUGACGUAACCUCAAGCAUUUGAGCGGCACGCAUGGUUGCAUGAGUAGUAGAUUUGGACGCAGUGACAAGUGACACGCCUUGCGACGCGCGCAAACACGGCGCACGGAUACAGCGAGUGUGGGCAAUGAUGAUUGUGUUGCGUGCGUGUCCUUACGUUGUGCUGGGACUUUGACAAGACAUGCUGCGGUCGCGUUGCCUGCCUGAUGGAAUGCGAAGCACUGCGGGAGAGUUUUGGCCGGCAGGGUUUUGGGCACUGGAUUGGGCACUGGAUAGAUAUCGCUGGAUAGGGAGGAGGCCCGGAGCAGCAGGUCGGGUCCAAGAUUUUGCCUUGAGGUUUGUGCGUGUGUUUGCAGGCCUAUCUCCCCAAUGGAUUCCCGUGCCCUGCGUGUUGCAUGCACAUACGCACGUCAUGCUAAGCAAGGCGGGGGGCGGACUUGAUAGCUUUGGGGUUGGGACCGUACACGGCGGCGAGCAAGCAAGGCAGAUGGCGGCUCCGCGAGACACGUACGGCCGGACUCAGUAGUGGGGGCAAUCGAUCGCCGCAAUCCCUGUACGGUAUCAUUGGUUAAGUAAGGUGUAUCAAGCAUGGGAGUAACGGUAUAAACGAGCCAGCAGUUUUGUAUGUAUGGCACGGCCGCACGGGGGUGAUGAGACGCACCACUCAGGCUCGGAAGCACACUGGCACAUGUCUAGAGCCAGGGUGCAAAGCAAUUGGGCAAUUCGGAAGUGCCCUUAUUAGCGGUGGUGUAUUUGUAUCGUUACUUCCAGUCCUAGUCACUUAGCCGGUCCGUGCUGCAUCCCAACAAAUACCUUGCCUGAUUGAUGAGCGACUACAGUUUUACGCUUUUGCUUCCAAGCAGCUCUUGGGAUCGGGAACAGGGAGCAGUGGACGUCAAGCGUGUCAGUCAACAGCGCUCAAUUGCGCGAUUGGUGGCCCGCCUCUCAAUCCAGUUGGUUCAGCAGCAUGCUACGCGUAUGUGAAGCUAUGGGACAGGGAUGCCUCAAACCCGGCACAACGAUGCGGUCAUGCGGUCACACCGACUUACUAA